AUGGGCGGACCAAUAAAAGAAGAAGCACUUAUUCACUUUUCAUUAUCAGGUGAAAUUGAUCCCGAGGAAGUAGUAUCUGAAUCGUCUGACUCGCUAUGUUUAUUAAGAGAGUUUAACGAAAUGGAAAUAAGGCAGAUUAAGAAAGCAUUAGGAAUAGAAGAAGAGAAGGGCAUUAUUGGUGUAAUUGGCAGCGCUUUGAGUUUGGUUGAUAACGCUGUCCAUGAAGUUGCUGGUGUAGCGAACAAUGCGGUUGGAGAAGCCAGCAAAGUAGCGAUGGCUGCCGUAAAAACAAAUACUGUAGUCGGCAUAGCGACUGAGUUAGCAGUAAAAGCAAAAGACGCUUAUUAUGGAGAAGGUGAAGAGGAACAGAUGACUAAUCAAAUUGAAUACCACCCUUAUAAUAAAUAA